AUGUUGAGUCCAAAUAACACUGUGGAUACUUGUUCAUCGAAUUAUGAUGACAAUUCCCACAAGAUUGUUGUUGUUGAUGAGAAUCAGCCGCUUGCCAAAAGUCAUGAAAAUUCUUCAAAUCACAACACAACAACCAAAGGUCUCCUGCAAGAUCAACAUUCAAACUCAAAACACCAUCUCUCCACAAAACGUACUUCCAAAGGUGCUCUCUCUAUUAAUUCCAAUCUCGUCAUACCAUCCAGUACCUAUCUUCCAACAAACCUCUCUCAAGACCAAGCCACCGACUGUCAUACCCCAAAUAUGGAACCUCACGUUCAGCUUGCGAAAUUUGUAAACAAAAUUCAAAGAGGCAAAAAAAGAAAUUCACUUUGUAAAAAUCCACACAAAAUGAAAGCCUUGUUACUUUCGCAGAGCACAAGACGGAGAGGAAGAGGAUCUUUCGCGACUGAAGACCAAUUUACUACUACUACUACUACGACUAGUACUUUGAACACUCUAGAAGGAAUCGAACAAAGCAAUGACCAAGAUUCGAAAGAACGACAACUGACAGGAAGUGCGUGCGAUAAAUUCUCUCGAGACUCUUCUCCACAAACAGAGACCGCCUCUUCUUCUUUCUCCUUCGAACGCAUUACUACUGAUGCUAAAUCAAGUGAUGAAUGUUAUUGUUCAUUGCUGAUGGAUCAUGACAAGGAUUUUGAAAAGAUCGAUCAAGAAAGAACAACAGACUACUUUUCAAUUGAUUCCAAAAAUGGAUCGAACCAAAUAGUUUAUAGCCGCUCUUCCCAAUACCCACAACAAGAUCAAGAGAGAAUAGAAUUGGAAGUGGACUCAUACGAACAACAACAAGGACAGGAUGAUCGAGAUGAAUCAUUGAUGUUGAACGAGCAGGAUUCAGAAGAAGAUAUUUUGAUGAGUGACAGUUUCGAUCAAGUUAAUCACGAAUCGACAUUGACUGGUACCAUUGAUCAAUCUCAACACCACCCCUACCAACAACAACCAUCUCUCGAGAUAGCAAGUGCUUCAUCAUUUAAAAGUCAUCAUCCCUCUGUCUGCCUCUCUGCCACUUGUCAAGAAUGGUUGACUCACCUAUUGACCAACCAAGAACGAUUCCUUCCACUCUCGAGCUAUCUUUUACUCUGUUGCAAAGAUCCACAACAGAACAGAUCGCAUGUAAACAUUAGUGCUAAAAAUCGACUCAUUUUGGUAGAUUGGAUUUGUGAACUUGUUUCUUAUUUUGGACUCGUUCCAGAAACGAAAUAUUUUUGUGUGAAUUUAUUGGAUCGAGCACUUUCCAAAUUUGCACAAUAUGGAACUGGAGUUCAAGAUUUGGAGAUUACGACUCGAAAUUUUCAAGCUUUGGGAAUUUGUUGUUUUUACAUUACUGCCAAAUAUUUUGGAAGGGAUGACAUUCGAUUGAUGCAUUUGGUGGGUGAGAAUGAUGAGAGAGCAAAAAAGGAGAUUUUGAAUUUGGAACGAUUGGUAUUGGAUGUGCUGGGAUUUGAAUUGUGUUCUGUCACUUGUGUUGAUUUCAUGUUCCUCUUUAUGCAAUUGAUGGAAGAACAUGUAUUGACAGGUGACAGCAAUGACAUGAGCAUGAAAAAAGAGGAGUUAUCUCAACUCAUCUUCUAUAUUGGAGAUGUUCAUUUACUCUGCUAUGACUUGCUUGAAUUUAAACCUUUCUUAUUGGCUCUCUGUUCACUCAUUCUCUCUUUGAAUCAAUUAGGAAUUGAUUACAAAAAUUUACCAAUUGUGAGAUUUCUCAUUUCCAUUCAUGUCCAUCACCAAGAGAAUGGACAAUUGUCAUCAAACUCAUCACAAGAGAGUUGCGAAAAGAAUUUAAAUGCAUUCAAUGAUUGUUUGCAACGUUUGAGGGAUUAUUCAGAAAGAGUUUGUCGAGUGGAAGAGAAUACAUCUCAAAAGAGAGAUCCUUAUUUUGUUUGUCAACAACAUUCACAAGUUGUUGAAAUGUAUUUCAAUUCGCAACCACAGCAACAAGAUGUGAAGUCCUCCAGUCCUGGUUUCAUCCUUACCAAGGAGGAAUUCCUUAAUUGGUAG